AUGGCUAGCAAUAUUAUUGGAAAUCGAAAUAGUACUCCAGAGGCAUCCUCCAAAUCUUCUCUUCGACCUCCGUCAUCCCGCACCAUAGGUGGGAAUCAUCAACUGCGCUCCUCAGCAGAUAUGUCGGCAUUUGCCCAAUCUUCACUUGGAGGUCGCAGUAUUCGACCAGCCUCGGAAGUUCUUUACAACCAGCAGUCUCAACACCAGAACGGGCAAGAGGAUGCAACCAACAAGCUUGGUGAGCAAUGGAUACAGGACAUUGAGCAAUACGAGACUAUGCUCGAAGAAAUGGCGGCUGCUACGUUGGAUCAGGAUUUCAAGGACGAGCUCAGUGCGAUAGAGCAGUGGUUUCGAGUACUCAGCGAGGCAGAGAGAACAGCAGCAACCUACGCCCUGAUUCAGCAGACCACCCAGAUGCAACAACGCUUCUUUGCUCAAGUCCUCAAUCAGAUGUCGCGCAGUCAUCCAAUCUCAGGUGUCCUAUCACCCUCCACUUUUGACCCCAUGUCGAACCGCCUGAGCGAUGCCAUGUCCAAAUUGAACGUUGACACCUCAAGGAACUCCAUGGGACGGCCUCCACCGUCCCCAGGCAACAAGCGCAACUCUGGCCUGGACUCAUCGACCAUCAACGCCAUGUUUCCAGAUGCUGCCGCUGCUAUUGCGCAAAAGAAGGCUGAGUAUGCCCAACAAGCAGCGAAUGCUCCCUCAAACCGGAACAGCGCAGCCUUUGGUGAUCGUACAUCGCUCGUGACACCCACAAUAUCGGCGCCUGCAGAAAGUGCAAAAGAACAUUUGCCAAAUCACCUCACCAGUUCGUCAUGGCGUUCCGCAGACCCUCAGCCGCCCAUUGUUCGACCCAAGUCUUCGUCUGGUCAGCAGCCGCCAAUGGGUCAGUUCAGUCAACCACCACCGUCUGCGGGUCUCAGAUCUCCAAGACCUCCCCCUUCAGCAUCUUCCAAUAUUCAGAACACAACCUUAAACGCACCAGAGAACAUGCAUAACGAGCUUCCAGCUCUUUCCCCCUACAAUCUCGGCAACUCAAGCUGGGCUUCCAUGUCGAACACACCGAUGGUUGCGAACUUCAGUACCCAGCAACAAGGUAUUCAGAACGACAUGAUAGCCAAUGCUACAGCUAUGAAGCUAGCUGCUUUAUCCACCGUCACCAACCGCAUAGCGCUUGAUGAUGUCCGCAAAUAUCGCCGAGCUCGAUCCAACGAGCCUCAACCACAAAUCCAGCAAGCCAUGGGCGGCAGUAAUUCGAACACCGGCAUUCCUGGAGCCAACAUGGUUGUUGUGAAUGACCAAGGUCAGAUACUGAACGCACAGCAACUGGCUGCUCUACAGCAACAACAGCUCGCAGCACACAGCGGUAGGAGAUCUCGUCCCAAUUCUCCUGGGCUAGCGAUGCAGGGCGCUGGAAUGGGUCAACUCAAUUUCCCUACAGGCCAGAACAAUGGCUUCCUGGCGGCUUAUGAUGGGACCUCACCAAUGAUGAGCAAUAACAUGGGUGGCAUGAUGGGGCAUUAUGGUACUGGCUCACAUGAAGGAUACCUCUCAGACCAUUCGGAAAUGGCUCGCGGUCGCUCACCUCGAGGAAGAAGAGGAAGCUCGAAACCACCGGAAGAUCCGACUGAUCCAAACCUGCUUCAGGACAUUCCAACAUGGUUGAGAUCGCUACGUUUACACAAAUACACCGACAACUUGAAGGAUCUCAAAUGGGACGAGUUGGUUCUCCUGGAUGAGAAAGGGCUUGAAGCCAGGGGUGUGAAUGCACAAGGUGCACGCAACAAAAUGCUGAAGGUAUUUGAACAAGUUCGGGAUGCUAAGGCUAGUGGUAAAUUGCUGGCAAUACCACCGCUGGCCAUGGCACUUCGAGCCAAAUCACCUUCUCUACACAACAGCAUGUUAGGCACAAAGAUCCGUCAUCCUCCUUCCACAAAUUAUGACUCGGAGGACUUCCCUACUCCACCCCCAAAACGAGUUAAGCGGCACCAAAGUGAGCAGAGCGAUGUGAAACUGUCUGACAAUGAGACAUCAUCACAAUCAUUACGUUCACCAAGUGGAAGACCUGAAACUGAGAUCCCAGAUUCCGAGGAUGAAGACGGGGACGAAGAAGGUGGAGUGCCACUGCCAGGAAGCCAGACAGAUCUCGAGACAUCCCUGCCUCCGGUUAGGGCAGAUGAGAAAGCCAUUGCAGAGUAUGAGGCGUACAAAGCCGGUGAAGCUGCGGAUCUGAGCCUCCAAGGCCGACUCGAGAACAGAUCAUGGACCAGAGGAAGGAGUUCAAUAUAUGUGGAUGCAUUUAACCUCGCACUCGAGACCGUGUUGGAUGAGGAAGCACACCUAUUUGACGAAGCUGAGAGGAUACUUUUUGCUCAAUGGCGAGGCUUGAGCUACGAGUCACAGUAUCUCUACGUCCGGCUAUUUCUGAGAAAAACAAGCGCAUGGCAUCGCAUCAAUAGACUGGGAUAUCACUCCGACAUAACAGAUCUCGAAGCAGCUGUGGCAGAUUUACAGAGCGAAAGAGAGCUGCCAGCCACGACUACGCAAAACCAAACCAACCCAGGAGAACUAGAGCCUCCAGAAGGAACAAUCCUUAGCGAAAGAUUUUCCUUUGCGGAAUGCUCAGAGGUGUAUAUCAAUACCUUGGACGAAGCUAGCAGCCUCCUAUUGCUUGACGAGCUGAAGACCAUUGCCAAAGAAGCCAAAGUACGCGGAAGGAACAAAAAGGAACUUCUGACGGCGCUUCGCACAACCAGUGGCAAACAGUCAGGCCUGGCUUUCCGAGGCUUGCAGAGAUCUGACACGGAAGAAUCAACCCUGUCCAAUGGACUAGCAUCGGACGACGACACUGGUGAUGGCGCAGAAACGCCAUCACAUAGAACGAAUCGUGACGCACAUUACACUCGCAAGAUUCUCGACCACACGGGAAAGUGCGUCCGCCUCUCUCUGGCUCCGCUCAAGCUAUUCGAACGAGUCCAUCUCGUCUUCUACCGCAGCACAGAAUGGACCGAGAAAUCAUUGACAACCAUCAUCCUUGCCAAGAUCUCGCGUCGUAAUUUCCCGCAGUAUAUCGUAUCUCGCUCUACGACCAUAUUCUCCACUCGAGCGCUUCUCCUCGAAUUCGAAGCCAGUCUCCGCGUCCAAUUCAAGGUCGACAACAUCCUCGAAUUCAAUGGCACACCAGGCCUCGCCGGUCUCGAACGUGUCAAAGCCAUACUCGAGGAAGUCUACCCGCGAUGGAAGGUGCUGCUAGGGGAGGAGCAAGCGAAAGAAGACCGCAUCUACGAGUGCGGAGAAGGCGCUUAUCUCCGUCGUUUCAGCCCUGCCUGGGUAUACACGCGGAUCGUGCAUAAAGGAUUACAACCUCUCGCACGAUUCAAAGAGCACAAACGCGAGCAUGAAAUCUUAACAGAACUGUUGGAUCAAAGACUAUUUCAUGCCGCGAGGCGAGGGGCAUGGUAUCAGCGAAAAGCGCUGCUGGAGGAACACUAUAUGCAUGAUUUGACGGACGAUAGAGGAGAUCGCAAUGAAGAAGGGCAGAAGAAGCAUUGGAAGAGGAUCGCUCUUCGCACCUGUGAAGAAGGUCUGCAAGAUCGAGAAUGCCAUCUCAUCUACCACUACGAUCUCCAGAAGCGGAUCAAGAAGCUAGAAAAAUCACUCAAGAUCCCACUUCGGGAGCAGCAUGAUUUCGGCCACGCCAGCCUCGUCAAGCCUUUCGAACGCACCGUCACGGGGAUCCGCAUCGAGCGAGAACCGUCACCACCCAAGAACGGAACUCGCCGGAACAGCAGCGGAUCCGCGACUGCUGCCUCUUCGAAAAAGGGAGGCACCAAAACAAUCUGGCUCGACGAGCACGAAGGCUUCGGCGAAUGCAGCGUCGAAGCCAUGUGUCUCUCGCACUACCGCUCUCUAGGCUGGAAAGGCUACCACAGCGAGGGCGGGAUCGUGCGCACGCUCUUUGCAUUCCUCUUCUACGACGUCCUGUUCACGUACGCCCCCAACGUAUUCCAAACCGAAUACCAGAUGUGUCCGCUCGACCUCUUCAGCGACGCCUUCUACACCACCCGCAUCUCGGAAAUCAACACCCGGCUGGCGGACAUCUCGAACGGUGGUGCCGAAGCCAUCUUCAACCGGGUAUGGGCCGAGCAUUACAACAGGAAGACUUGCGUGGUCGGUUUGAGCUGGGAGUAUGAGUAUGAGGAUCUUGGCGAGAUCAUCGCGUGUUUUGGCGGGGAGAGGCUCGCGACCGUGUGUAAGGUGAUGGCUCAGGAGUAUCAGCAGAGAGGCGGGGGGAUACCAGAUCUGUUUCUUUGGAGGGUGGAUGGUGGGAAUGGGGGAGAAGUGAUGUUUAGCGAGGUCAAGAGUGAGAAUGAUCGCUUGAGCGAUACGCAGAGGCUUUGGAUCCAUGUCCUUACCGGUGCGGGGAUCAGGGUGGAGCUUUGUCAUGCUGCCGCGAGAGAGGUGAGGGCGUCGGGUUGA